AUCUCGGGAAGUGCUUGCGUUUGUGCUUUCGCCCAGUGGUCGCAGUCGACAAAAAUUUUGAGAAAUAAUUCAAAUUGCACCGCCAACAUCUUGAAAGCACCUCGGCCACGAAUGCUCUGACCAAAGCAUGUUGAGAGGACCAGACGAAAACCGUCUAUGAAUCCAAAGCGCUUGUGCUGUGUCGUCCGCCUGCAUCAUUCAAGAAGAUGUGACAACAGUGUGUGGCCUUGAACUGCAGCGCCGUCCUUCUCGUAGAGUGAGGUGGUUUUUCGGUCGUCGAGGAAGUAAUUACUCAAGAAUGGCCCGAUACUGACUUGGAAGAACCCGGUUUUUAAGCGCGGCUGCGGUUUUGUUUGCUUGCUCGAAAACGAAGAGGGGGAGCGCCGCAUGAUGGAAGCCGAGACCCCUGCGCUCCUCGUCAGUUUCCUUUUAAUGCGAUCGUUCGCUUUAUUACGCCGACGCCGAGAGUGAACCAGGGGUUGCAAGAACACGCUAAGAUAAAGAUUUAUUCCAGAGGGCACGAGGAUUUCCUGCCGCGGUCCAUUCCUGCUCGUGGGGGUGCUUACAACAUCUAGUCGAGUGUAGUGGCAGUUCCAGUUGACCCCACCAAGUACUAUGGGCCAGCGGCUUUCCCAAGACUGCGGCGCGUGCUGGGACCCGGAGGGGGCUGCGGACGCGAUCAGAAGGAAAAAGCAGCAACGGAAAAUGAUCGAGCAGUAUUGCAAUCAUGCAUUACAAAUUUUUUUCUUAAGGUAAAUCUGCAUUACAAAUUUUAUUUCAUCUCAUGCUGAACCUCCGGGAGGGGGCGGCGGACGCUAUCAGAAGGAAAAAGCAGCAACGGAAAAUGAUCGAGCAGUAUUGCAAUCAUGCAUUACAAUUUUUUUUCUUAAGGUAAAUCUGCAUUACAAAUUUUAUUUCAUCUCAUGCUGAACCUCCGGGAGGGGGCGGCGGACGCUAUCAGAAGGAAAAAGCAGCAACGGAAAAUGAUCGAGCAGUAUUGCAAUCAUGCAUUACAAAUUUUUUUCUUAAGGUAAAUCUGCAUUACAAAUUUUAUUUCAUCUCAUGCUGAACCUCCGGGAGGGGGCGGCGGACGCUAUCAGAAGGAAAAAGCAGCAACGGAAAAUGAUCGAGCAGUAUUGCAAUCAUGCAUUACAAAUUUUUUUCUUAAGGUAAAUCUGCAUUACAAAUUUUACCAGCCACCCCCCGGCGGAGGCCGCCGGGGAGGGAGGCUGUUCGGGGGAGGUGUUCCAACGGGGAAGGCGAUGCCAAGGGUGGCGCGCCGCUGCACAACCAAAAAAAGCAGGCGGGGCCGCGGGCACACAAAGCGCAGGCGGGGUCUGACGGGGUUGGCCCAGAAAGCGCAGCGCACACACGCAGGCAGCGAUACCUCCGCGGCCUGCGUUCUUUGUUGGCGAAAAAAGCAGCGCCCGGGGCCGGGGGUUGUUGGCCUUUCUUGGAAGGGGAGUUGGUUGCAGGGGUGCACCCUGAACAGGGGGAGUGCCGCUUCUACAAAGUGGCGAGCUGGAAUCCUGUUAGGCAGCGAGCACGCGGCGGGGCCUGCAUGUGCUUGCGAAGGCUAAUGCGCUAUGCUUGCGCCGAGAGACAACGGGCAGAGAAAAGCUGUCGCUACUUUAGUCGCAACCACUUUCGCGCCGCUACAAAGACGCAACACCUGCUGCCCGCGCGCGGGCACUGUGUGAAGUUGCGGCCACCCUAGGUGGCCGCCUACGUUAAGGCGUGGCGCCGCGCCCCCCCCGGGGGACGCAGAGCGGCGCAUGCACUUUGAACAGCCGCCCUGGUCUGCCCUGGAGUCAAAAAAGAAAAACUUGCAGGGGAGGCCUGAACUUUUAGGCCCUAGCUUUGUUUAUUCUUACUCUAGGACACAGGCACUGCGCGCAGACGGGCGAGCUUCACUGUGCGGGCGGUUCUGGUAGAGGGUCCGGGAGAGGGUCCCGGAGAGGGUCCGGGAGAGGUUCGGAGAGGGUCCGGGAAAAGUUCGGAGAGGGUCGCGAAGAGGGUCCGGGAGAGGGUCCAAGAGGUCCCGAGAGGGUCCGCCGAGAGGUAAAAAAGAGGUUCCCGGAGAGGGUCGACAUAGAGGGUCGCUUAGAGGGUCGCCCUAUACUGUGGAACCUCUCUGACCCUCUCGACCCUCUCCCCCUACCCUCUAAUUGACCUCUACUCAACCUCUACGCACCCUCUUCGGGCGUAUAGCGCCGCUAUACGGUCCCCUAUACUGCGCACCCUCUCCCGACCCUCUCCGUACCCUCUCACUUUACCUCUCCCCGACCCUCUUGUUUUGGUCGACCCUCUACUUUACCUCUCCGACCCUCUGUCUAACCUCUACGAAACCUCUCCCCAACCUCUAUCGGACCCUCUCCGGCCCCAAAGUUUGCCUUAUAUAAAUAUAUUAAUUUCAUCUCAUGCUGAACCCGGAGGAAAAAGCAGCAACGGAAAAUGAUCGAGCAGUAUUGCAAUCAUGCAUUACAAAUUUUUUUCUGAAAGUAAAUCUGCAUUACAAAUUUUAUUUCAUCUCAUGCUGAACCUCCGGGAGGAAAAAGCAGCAACGGAACCGGAGGAACAAAGCGCCAACUCGGAAGAAUCGAACAUCAUGUUGGGUUGCUGUUGGUGCAUGACAGCUAGAAAUGUUACAUUGAUUUUUCGCAUGACAAAAAUCAUCUGAUUCAAAAUGGACACGACACAUCAGGUACCUAGCCCUUUUCUCGGACUUGGAAAAUGGCAUCAAUGCCAAGGACGCAAACUACUGCGCCGACGUGUGCAGGCAGAUACGACAGCUGGACGAGAGUUUUCUCUCCAAGUCAGAAACUUUUCAAACGACCCUGAUGCAGCGUGAACAGUGGAAGGAGGAGGCGCUGCCGAGAAGAGGGAGGGUCAUAGAGCAACUUGGCAACGUGGGAUUUACCGGCGGUGACUUUCAGUUGACAAUUUUCUAAAAAGACGAAACUAUACACUACUGUGUUGGUCGUGCAAGACACUUGAGAAGUGUGAGUGGCUUAACAUUCUGCAGCUGCAAAGCGAUACUGCUUUCCCCCACUGAU